CCUUCUCCAUCCAAAUAUCCAUCCCCAAAUCGAAAAAUGUUAUCUGCCUCUUCUCCUCUUACUCUUCCGCCUCUUCCGCUCCGAUCCUCCCCCCGGGAAUUUACACGUGUCAGAUUCCGGCCACCGCAGGCCUUCUCCUCCACCGCCACUGCUUCUUCCACUGCCUACGCCUCCAGAGAAGACACUGCCUCACCGUAUCUUAACCUUCAAAGAAUGGCUUCCUGCACUUCGCUUUACGAGGUCCUUGGAAUCCCUUCCGGAGCUUCUUUUCAGGAGAUCAAAUCCGCGUACCGACGUCUUGCCAGAGUUUGUCACCCGGACGUGGCGGCCGUCGACAGGAAAGACUCCUCGGCCACCGAUUUCAUGAAGAUCCACGCCGCGUAUUCCACUCUGUCCGAUCCUGAGAAACGCGCUGAUUACGAUCGGAAGCUUCUCCGUCGGUUUCGUCCUGUGGCGUCGGUGCGGAUGGCUUCUGGUUUCACUGGAUACACUCGCCGGAAUUGGGAGACAGAUCAGUGCUGGUAAUGAGUUGACUCGCUGAGUGAUUGAAGUCGAAACUGAAACGAUCGGAGUUUGUGAAAAGCUUGAAGCAAAUAUGUGAUCAGCGAAAAUUAGGGCUACAUAUCAGAGAGCGCCGGAAUCGGAAUCGGAAUCGCUGCUUUGAUUUGUACAUAUAACGAAAUAAUCGAACCGGCGCGAAUGAUUUGAGAGACUUACUAGGAUGUUGAUGAUCCAUGGAGGGCGGAGGGAUCGAAGCUUUUCUGCAACUCACUGGAACUGAACUAGUGACCAUUCCCUUGAUUACCUUGAAAACGAGGGAGAUUUACUUCCAGAUCUUCAAGAAGAAAAUUCUAGUUCUCGAAAAAUCAAAAUCACCAAGUAAAAAUCAGAGGAAAAUUCAUAUAUCUUUUCCUAGUUUUCCUUUGGUUAUCUGUGUUUUUCUUGGCCGUGUACAGUUCCGAUUUCAACGAAAUAAAAUAAAAAAACUCAAAAACAACAUUCAGUUCUU